UGUAAAACGCCAUAGAAUUAGCCGAUGCUUUUCAAAAAACGUCGUCGUUUGGAGUAUCAGAAGCCUGGUUUUUCGGUUUAUUGUAACCCGCCAUCUCCAGUUGAGAUCAGUGACGCACAGCAAGAUCUCAAAUGCCCUAAACAAUGGCGUUCCAAAUCCCCCACAAUCUAAUUACCGAACUCCAGAUCUCGCUUCGGAAACAAGCAAACCUCUCCUCCUAUAAUCCGGGCGAUCCUUCACUGCCCGAUCUCCCAUCGCCUGAAGAAUCCAUCGCCGAGCUCGACCCGUCGCCGCCGUACCUCCGGUGCAAGCAUUGCAAAGGGAGACUCCUGAGGGGAAUAGAGUCACUGUUUUGCGUUUUCUGUGGCAGAGAACAGAGAAAGGACCUGCCUCCUGAGCCCAUCAACUUCAGGAACACUUUGGGUUGUCGUUGGCUACUUCAGUCCCUCGACUUAGAUGGAUCGGAGAUUGUAGGACCAUUCUCUGAAGCAAAUGAAUCAAGCAGAACACGGAAUGCAACAGAGGAUGAAUUCCCCUUGUCUGAUAUUUUGAAUUUAGAAAUAAAAUGGACCUCUGAGUCAGAAAAUUUUGGGACUAGUGUUUCAGAAGAGCCUUCGGUUUGGCAACAAAGUAGUUUGAACCUGGCUGGAGUCGAUCUUGACAACUUUUUCGCUGAAGGAAAGGAAUGGAAUGCUUCCGAUGAAUUGGAAGAGCAAAUAGCACCAAAGAAACUCAACGAAAUUACAGGGAGUACUACUUCACAUGGUAUCGACAACCUUAACUCAUUUGAUAAUAUUCAGCAUUCUGAAACAACUGUGAGGUCUGGAGAGGGUAAUGGCAAUCUUAAAUUCUUUGAAAAUGUUCAGCCUUCUGAGACAGUUGCAAGGUCUGCUGAAGAUGGCUCUUUUACUGGUUGGGAGGCUGAUUUUCAGUCAGCUGGUUCUGGAACUCAUCAUGAGGAGCCCAAAUCAUUUGAAGCCUUUUCCAGUUCCUCAGCAGAUCUUUCUAUUCACUUGGAUACAGUGUUUGGAUCGAAAAAGGAUUCUUCUGAUCUAAAGGCAAGGGAGGAUGAAAUUUCUUCUGCAUCCAACAAAGAUGACUGGUUUUCUCAUAAUACAACCAACUCUGACAUAGCUGGUGAGGACAAGCAGUUUGAAGUGGCCAUAAAUGUCAUGCACGAUUCCAGUGUUGAUCGGACUCAAGGAUAUAAAUGGCAGAAUAGUGGAAGCAAGGAGUCAGAGGAUAAAACCAUGGUUGAUGAUGAUGAUUCAUUUGAUACUUGGAAUGAUUUUACUAGUUCAACUGGCGCUCAAGAUAAUCCCAGUAGUUCUUCGGAACCUAUCGUUAAUAAUCAUGUGGCACCUUCUGUCGAAUUGACUUCAGAAAUGAACUUGUUCAGCAGUGCCAUAGACUUGCCAAAUCAGAAAACCACUGACGAAGAUGAUGCUUGGAAUGAUUUCACUAGCUCAACAAGUGCACAAGAUCCAUCUAAGAGUUAUGGGAAACAAACAGUUGAUGGUAUGAUGCCUUCUCCCAGAGCAAGCUUUUUCAGCAGUGCCAACAGCUUGCAAGAUAACAAGACCAGGGGAAAAGAUGAUGAUUCGAUUGAGGCUUGGGAUGGCUUCCCUAGCUUAACUGGUGUGCAUGAUCCUUUUAAGAGUUCUCUGGGACAAACAGUUAACAUCAUGAAAACCUCCCGUGUACAGAAUUCAGAAACAAACUUUUUCAGCGGUGAAGAAAAAUCAAAAGAAUUCAAUUUUGACAAUUUCUUGCAACCAGAUUUAUCUCCAGGAGUACGUAGUAAUCAAAGCACUCCUGCAGCAGUGAACACCAUGCAGUCGUCAGUUUCAGUUUCAGUUUCAGACAGGAUGGCUGAUGUAGAUGUCGGAGUUGGACGGAGCGCUGAAGAAGUUGGUAAACAUGGAGAUGUAGAGAUGUGGAUGUCACAGAUGCAUGAUCUCUCGUUUAUGCUUGAAAACAAACUCUCAAUACCCACUAAACUAGACGGUUCUGCAUCAUUUUCUAAAGAUUAGAUCUGGUUUCUUUAUUAGUAUUAGUUAUCAUUGAUUUGAUUUGUUCUACAUUUUCUGAUGUUUGUCUUCUGUUUUGUAUUCUAGUUCUGGUGCUAUGUGUCAUUCAUUAUAUUUCCUUCUCUUCUAGGGCUU